AUGCAUGAAUUCGAUAGAGAAGAGGGCCGGCUGGAAGCACGACACCAUGGGUCUUCCGGAGAGCGGUCUUUUAUAGAACGACUGAAGCUAGAACUCGGAGACUCCCCAGGCAUCGACUUUGAAAGCAGAUUGCGCGUGAAAGAGCGACUGGCUCCCAGGCUGUUUCUGCUAGGAGUCCCAAAUUGCUUAUCGAGGACUUCUGCGCCUCUCCCACAGCGCGAGAGGGCACAGAUCCUAGUCAACCAGGCUUUGGAUGCGCACUUACUCUACAAUGCUCUGCAUCGUCCCACCUUCACUUCUGUCUUUCAGUUGUUGUACUCUCUCGAUAGAGAAGACUACGGAGAGUCAGAGAUUAACCACUUUCCCCUCCUCUACUCGCUGAUGGCGGUAGGCUGCCUAUUCGAGAAACACAACGAACAUCACCCCGCGGAGCCAUUAGGGGGCUCGCUUGCUGAAGGUUUGAAGUACUUCGAAACCUGCCGCGAUAUGGUUGACCUCGAAUCUUGUGAUAAUCUUUUUGCCAUGCAGGCCAUUUUUUUCAUGAAUAUCUUUCUCAUCAGCACAUGUAGAUUAUCCCGGUGCUACACGUAUGUUUCUCACAUGCUUUCUUUGGCUUUUCGCAUGGGCCUGCACCGUCCCAGUAAGACAGAUAGUCCGGUCGUUGUCGAGACCAAACGAUCUCUUUUCUGGGCUAUAUGGCAACUUUUGGUCACUUUAGCUUCCAUGUGCGGCCUCCCAAAGCCUGUACCUGCUGAUGAGAUAGGGAUGGAUCAUCCCGAGGCUAUAGCCGUCAGUGUUCAGCCAGAUCAAGAAAGUGUAGGGGCCAAGCAGAGUGUUCAGGUCCCAGAAACGAUACCGAGUCAUCUGAGUUACCUGAAACUUCAUGAGAUUCUUCACAGAGUUGUGAAGAGCCUAUAUCCUCCAAGCACUAUGCAGCAUCGGGAUGCGAGCGAGUUAUUGAAGCACUUUGUCACCAAGGAUGCCGUUUUCAAAUUCGAGGACGAGCUACGGAGAUGGGCCAAGCACCUUGCAAUUCGUGACAUACUAGCAAAACAUGAGGACAGUCACUGGUCUCGAAGUCACAACAAACAGCAAGAAGGCCGAAAUCAUGCACUGGCCGGGAUUCGUGCAAGCUGUAAUAUCAUCCGUCUCGCGCAGGAUAUGCACCGCCAUGGUCUUCUAUUUGGAUCGCAGUGGCGAGUGGCACAUAUGAUCUCGACAUCUGCACUCACACUUCUGUACGUUCUUCUUAUCGAUAAGACCUCUAAAAUGGUGCGAUAUCUCGAGGCCGAGCUGGAUAUAGCCAGGGCCAUGCUUAUCACUCUUCGACCUUAUUGUAUCCACUCGCAACGUACGCACAUCGCCUUGACGGGUCAAAAUUGCAAGAGCUGGCGAGUGCAGGUGAUCAAGCUAGUCUCGCAGGAGAAUCAACCUAUCUAG